CGCAUCAAUUGAACAUCAUCACAGAAACGCGAGCUAAAGACAAUGGACGCAACAUUCCGUAAAAAGAAUGGAGAGAAUGGCACACAGGACUCAAUGUACCUGGAGGAGCAGACCAACAAGGUGGGGGUGCUGUCCUGCAUCUUCUCCCUGAAGGAGGAAGUGGGGGCACUGGCCAAAGCCCUGAGACUGUUUGAGGACAAGGGCAUCAACCUGAUGCACAUCGAGUCGCGCCCAUCGCGCCUGAACAAGGAGGAGUACGAGUUCUUCGUCAGCGUGGACACCACCUACGCCAAGGCGCUGGACGAGGUCAUCGACGGGCUCCGCACCCAGAUCAGCGGGCACGUGCACGAGCUCUCCCGCAGCAAGAAGGGGGACACAGUGCCAUGGUUUCCCAGGCACAUCCAGGAGCUGGACCGUUUCGCCAACCAGAUCCUGAGCUACGGCUCAGAGCUGGACUCUGACCAUCCCGGUUUCACAGACUCAGUGUACAGAGCCAGGAGGAAGGAAUUUGCUGACAUCGCCUACAACUACAGACACGGUCAGGUCAUUCCGAGGGUGGAGUACACGGAGGACGAGAGGAAGACGUGGGGGGUGGUGUUUCAGGAGCUGAAGACCCUGUACCCCACGCACGCCUGCCGAGAGCACAACCGAGUGUUCCCCCUGCUGGAGAAAUACUGCGGCUACAGGCAGGACAACAUCCCCCAGCUGGAGGAAAUCUCGCGCUUCCUGCAGUCGUGUUCGGGGUUCAGACUGCGUCCCGUAGCUGGGCUGCUCUCCUCACGGGACUUCCUGGCAGGACUGGCGUUCCGGGUCUUCCACUCCACACAGUACAUCCGCCACGGGUCCAAGCCCAUGUAUACGCCUGAGCCGGACAUCUGUCACGAGCUGCUGGGACACGUGCCUCUGUUUGCGGACCCCAGUUUUGCCCAGUUCUCCCAGGAAAUUGGUUUGGCUUCCCUGGGGGCCCCUGAUGAGUAUAUUGAAAAGCUUGCAACUGUGUACUGGUUCACGGUGGAGUUUGGUUUGUGCAAACAAGGCUCUGAGAUCAAGGCCUACGGAGCCGGACUACUGUCAUCCUUUGGGGAGCUGCAGUACAGUCUGUCGGAUAAGCCAAAGAUCCAGCCAUUUGAGCCCGAAAAGACCUGCGUUCAGAAGUACCCCAUUACUGAGUUUCAGCCCACGUACUUUGUAGCGGAGAGCUUUGAGGACGCUAAAGAGAAAGUCAGGAAGUUCGCCGCCACUAUUCCCCGGCCUUUCUCGGUACGCUACAACGCCUACACUCAGAGCAUAGAGGUUCUGGACAGCACUCAGCAACUCCGCAACCUGGCCGACAGCAUCAGCGGUGAGAUCGGCAUCUUGUGCAACGCCCUUCGUAAAAUGGAAUGAGGAAAAUGUUGCUACAGUGUGGGAGAGGCCACUACCAGUCCCCUGAUAUGAAGGUUUUUCCACUUGCAUGUGAUUCAGCUAUCCCAAUUCUAUUCUGUAUUAGACCUGGCAUAUCCCAGUUAUAAUCUAUAUUGGACCAGUCAUAGGAGUUUAUCCCUAUUAGACCAGUUAUAGAAAUUAUAAUCUCAGUUGCACCAUUUUAUAUUAUCUUCCUGCAUUCUCUUCGUGGAUAUCUUUGUUUUAUAUGAAUAUAUAUAACCAAAGGCAGCAAACAAUUAAAAAGUCACUGUAAACCACCUAAGGCAUGUUGGCCACUGAA